ACAAGAACGCUAGUGUGCUCCUGACCCCCGACUUUAACCGGCAUGCUAGAGGAAAAUCUCCGGCAGCCUUGUUUAGCCUCCAGCCUUCGCCCCACCCAUUUCUGCGCACGCAAUGGACGAACCAGACCAUUGGCUUAGGUUACGAACUCAGCCCCGCGCGGUGAUUGGUCGACUGUAAAUCCCGAAGGCUGUGACUGGCCCGCCGAAACGUCUCGGAGCGCGCGCGGGAGCAGAGGCAAGCCGGUACUUCCACGGUCAUGAUGGCGCUACGGGAUCUUGGGAGAGAUCUACAGCCUUGGUGUCCGCCUGAUCUCAGCCUCGAAUGGGUAAACUCAGUAUGGGACCUGGACUUCACAGAGACUGAGCCUUUGGAUCCCAGCAUAGUAGCAGAGAUCCUGGAGACCGGAAUAGAUGUAUUCACCAAACUCUAUGGAAGCCUUUUCCCCUUUGCUACGGAAGAAAGUGGAUCCUUAGAGAGCAUCUGGACCUUCUUCGCUGAGAAUAAUAUUUCCAGUAAUACACUGGUGGCAUUAUUCUGUCACUUUGUCCAGGAAGCACAUAAAAAAGGCGCCAGUGCACAGUAUCGAGAAUAUGGCCUUCAUGCUGCCGGGCUCUAUUUUUUGCUACUGGAAAUACCAGGUAGCGUAGUCAAUCAGGUAUUUCACCCAGUGAUGUUUGACAAGUGUAUUCAGAUUCUGAAGAAGAGCUGGCCUCAGGAAUCUAACUUGACUCAAAAAAGAAAAAAGGAACACCCAAGAAGUUCUAAGAAUAAUCAUAGGAGGGGCAGAAAAAGAGGAAAACCACCUAGAAAAGAAGAUGAUCAGGUGGACGAAUUUUCGGGAGAGGAAGAGGAGGAGGAAGAGGAGAUUUAUUUUUCUGCCUGGGACCUUUCUCAUAUACGAAAUGCCAUAUUUAAUCUUCUAAAGAAUUUUUUAAGGCUUCUGCCCAAGUUUUCCCUUAAAGAAAAGCCACAGUCUAUCCAAACUUGUAUAGAGGUGUUUGUUGCAUUAACUAAUAUUGAGCCAAUUCCUCAUAAAUUUCUUGUUUCACAAGCCAGGAACUUUAGUGGAGUAAAACACAUAUCAGAGCUGGCCUACUAUGGAUUGUAUUUGCUGUGCUCCCCAAUCCAUGGAGAAGGAAAUAAGGUUAUUGGUUCUAUUUUUCAUCAAAUGCUAAAUGUAAUAUUGAUGUUAGAAGUAGGGGAAAGGUCCCGCUGUGCCCCCCUUGCGAUAUCCUCUCAAGCCAUCAACUGUAGAAACCAGGCAGUCCAGUUUAUCAGCUCACUUGUGGAUGAACUACAGGAAGGCGUCUUCCCAGUCCUGGGCACCUUACUGCAGCAUAUCUGUGCCAAGGUGGUAGAUAAAGCCGAGUAUCGGACCUAUGCAGCACAGUCCCUGGUCCAGCUGCUUAAUAAACUUCCCUCUGAGGAGUAUGCUACGUUCAUUGCCUGGCUUCACAAAUACUCGCGGAGUUCUAAGAUUCCACACCGGGUUUUCACUCUUGAUGUUGCUUUAGCUCUCUUAGAGCUGCCUGAAAGAGAGGCGGAUGACACUGUAUUAUUGGAGCAUCAGAAGUUUCUAAAGCAUAAAUUCUUCGUGCAAGAAAUUAUAUUUGAUCGUUGCUUAGACAAGGCUCCCACUGUCCGCAGCAAGGCGCUCUCCAGCUUUGCACAUUGUCUGGAGUUGUCUGCCAGCAGCACAUCAGAGAGUCUGUUGGAGAUCUUCAUUAACAGUUCUUUAGUUUCUGGACUACAGAGUCGCUCUAGUACUUUACAGAGACACUCAACAGUGCUUGCCAGUGGAAAUUGGCAGUUGACGCAAAGCAACACUGAUGAUAAUGGCAGAAGAACACAGUCUGGAGAGAGAUGCUUCAUGGCGAUGCUGAGAAAAAGAACCAGGGAUGAAAAGAUCAACGUCAGGAAGUCUGCACUCCAGGUGUUAGUGAGUAUUUUGAAACACUGUGACAUCUUGAGCAUGGAGGAGGACCUGUUGAUCCUGCGGGACCAUUGUCGAGACCCUGCCGUAUCUGUGCGGAAGCAGGCCUUACAGUCCCUAACAGAACUUGUCACGGCCCAACCUACAUGUGUCCCAGUCCAGAAAGCCUGGUUGAUGGGAGUCAUCCCAGUGGUGAUGGACUGUGAAAGCACGGUGCAAGAAAAGGCCCUGGAGUGCCUGGACCAGCUCCUGCUGCAGAACCUUAAGCAUCACAGGAAGUUUCACAGUGAGGACAGAAGCCAGGUGCUUGCUUGGGCGCUACUUGCUCUCCUUACUACAGAAAGCCAGGAUCUGAGCCGCUAUUUAAAUAAGGCUUUUCGUAUCUGGUCCAAGAAAGAUAAAUUCUCAUCCACCUUUAUAAACAGUGUGAUAUCCCACACUGACACGGAACAUUCUGCACCAGCAUGGAUGCUGCUCUCUAAGAUCACUUGCUCAUCACCCAAGCUGGACUACACCAAAAUAAUGGAGUCAUGGGAGAAGCUCAGCAGUGAACAGUCUCCCAAUUCAAACACCUUAGGCUAUAUGCUGUGUGUCAUUGGACAUAUUGCAAAGCACCUUUCCAGGAGCACCCGGGACAAAAUAACUGGUGUUGUCAAAGGCAAGCUGAAUGGAUUUCGGUGGUCUCUAGAGUUGAUCAGUUCGUCUGUUGAUACUUUGCAGGCGCUUUGCAGAGCGUCUGCAAAGACACUGCAGGAAGAGCAGGAACUGCUGAAGCAAGUGUGUGGGGAUGUGCUGUCCACCUGCGAGCACCACCUCUCUAACAUCCUCCUGAAGGAAGAUGGAGCAGGGAACAUGAAUGAAGACCUGGUGGUGAAAUGUAUUUUUACCAUAGGAGAUAUAGCCCAGUUAUGUCCAGCUAUAGUGGAGAAGCGAAUCUUCCUUCUAAUCCAAUCGAUUCUGGCUUCUUCUUCCCAAGUGGAUCACCUACCAUCUUCUCAAGGGAGCACGGACGCCCUAGCCAAUCAGCUGUCUUUCCAGAUCAGAAGCUCUGCCAUGCCUUCCGUGAUUAGAGCGCACGCCAUCAUCACUUUAGGUAAACUGUGCUUACAGCAUGAAGACCUUGCAAAGAAAAGCAUCCCAGCCCUUGUGCGAGAACUUGAAGUGUGUGAGGAUGUGGCUGUCCGCAACAAUGUCAUCAUUGUGAUGUGUGAUCUUUGUAUCCGAUACACUGUCAUGGUGGACAAUUACAUUCCCAAUAUUUCCAUUUGUCUGAAAGAUUCAGACCCAUUUAUCCGGAAGCAGACACUGAUCUUGCUUACCAACCUCUUACAGGAAGAAUAUGUGAAGUGGAAGGGCGGUCUCUUCUUUCGCUUUGUCAGCACUCUGGUUGACCCACACCCGGACAUUGCCAGCCUUGGGGAGUUUUGCCUGGCUCACCUGUUGCUGAAGAGGAGCCCUACCAUGUUUUUCCAGCACUUCAUUGAGUGCAUAUUCCACUUCAACAGCUAUGAGAAGCAUGCGCAGUACAACAAGUUUUCCCAGUCAGAGAGAGGGAAGCGGCUGUUUUUGCUAAAGGGGAAGACAAACAAGGAGAAGCGAAUGAGAAUCUACAAGUUCCUUCUUGAGCACUUCACAGACGAGCAGCGGUUCAAUGUCACUUCCAAAAUCUGCCUUAGUAUUUUGGCAUGCUUCACUGACGGCGUCUUGCCCCUGGACAUGGAGGCCAGCGAGUUGCUCUCAGAUACCUUUGACAUCCUCAGCUCAAAGGAGAUCAAGCUGUUGGCAAUGAGAGCUCAAGCGUGCAAGGACCUGCUGGAGGAAGAUGACAUGGCUCUGGCAAAUGUGGUCAUGCAGGAAGCCCAGAUGAAGAUCAUCUCACAGGUUCAAAAGAGGAAUUUCAUAGAGAAUAUUAUUCCAAUCAUCACCUCCCUGAAGACUGUGCUGGAGAAAAACAAGAUCCCUGCUUUGCGGGAACUCAUGAACUACCUCAGGGAGGUGAUGCAGGACUACCGAGAUGAAAUCAAAGAUUUCUUCGCAGUUGACAAACAGCUGGCCUCUGAACUUGAGUAUGACAUGAAGAAGUACAAUGAACAGUUAGCCCAAGAGCAAGCUCUGACAGAAUAUGCUGACGUGAGCAGAGUGGCUGAAGGCGGUGACAGAGCACAGGCUGGGCAGGGUGCUCCUGACUUGCAAGUUGUACCUGCUGCUGCUGACCAGGAAAAUGUUAACGUGUCUUCGGCCAACAGCCGGACUUCAGCACCUGGGCCCAGCUUCACACCAACUUUGUCUCCCAUAUCUGAAAAUGGGCCUCUGAAGAUGUUGCCCAAUGCCAGGUCCAUGUCCCUGAGUACCAUCGCAAUCCUGAAUUCAGUCAAGAAAGCUGUAGCAUCGAAGAGCAGGAAUCACAGUCGAAGCUUAGGGGCAUUGCCUUUCAGUGUAGAGUCUGGAAGCCCAGAAAAGCCCCAGAGCCAUGUUUCCUUAAGCAUGGAGCAAGAGUCUGAUAGAGCUGCCAGACAUGUAACUAAGCGGGCAAUCAGCACCCCAGAGAAGUCCAUCAAUGAAGUCACAUUUGGAGCAGGGGUCAGUUACAUAGGGACACCAGCAACUCUGCAUUUUACCAAAGAGACAGUCGAAGCUCAGGAUCAAGGAAAUGACAUUUUGUGUUUAUCGCUGCCUGAUAAAUCGACUCCACAGUCACCACAGUGGAAUGUCAAGUCUCUAGCCAGAAACAAGGGCAGCCCAAGAUCUAGCAGGAGGUCCCUCCGUAAGACCCCCCUGAAGACAGCCAACUGAAACAGUGUGUGUCAGCGAUAACUGAAGGCAGAGCCCUGCAGGGACAUUUGCUGUUCUCGCGUGGAAGAGGAAAAAAUAGUGUGGCAUGGUCUGCAUGUGGAGCCACUUGCCUGUACAGUGGCAAGUCCUUUCAUAGGAUACCAACAUGGCUUUGUUCAACUUGUAUAUGGCUAACCAACCUUCCAUAUGUCUUUAUGUUACUGUAGUUGAGAUUUGUAAAUAUAUAGAAAGAUGACAUGGACUUUUUUACAAUAACAUUAAGCUGUUUAAUAUUGUGACGUAUUUUGAGUGUCAAGCCUUCUGUGGUAAGUGACAAUCUGGUCUUUAAGGAACACAGUUUUGGAACCAGCUUUCUUCUAUAUGACUCAAGUGUCUGUAGUUUCUCUGAAGUUGUUAUAAUAGAUAUUUCCCCUUGGCUAAUGGCAAAAUUUUGACUAAAAUAUUUUUCUAUUAUUUAUAAUUACAGAUUUUAUUAAAAGAGGUGUACAGUCUUUCUAAAAUGAAGUAAUAAAGGUCAAAUAUAAAUAUAACCUCUUAGCAUUAGUAUAAUUUUUCUGGCUUUUGGGACAGGGCUUUAUUGGUAGUCUUCUUAACAUUGCAUCAAGGAUUUACAAAUACUUAAUACAAAUAAGAUCAACUCUUUCCCCUUAUGGUUCAUCUGCCCACCUGCCUUUGUUCCCAUAAAGAAACUUUGUCUCCCUAACAGACAUCCCAGUGGUACACUCGGUAUAAUCCUGCUUAUGAUAAAAGGGUUCCUUGACCCUUAGCAUGGUGGUGGUACUGAUAUGUGACACUGCUAAGGACUGCUCCACAAUUGGGCAUGACUCACGUCUCUUGUGUUGGUACUGUUUCUGGAAUCCAGAGAGAUGGAAGUGAAUGUUCUGCUUUUUUGGAGACAUGAGUCUUGCUGUGUUGCUCAGCAUGUUGAACUGGACUCAUCCUUUUCUUAUUUCAGCCUCCUGAGUGGCAAGGACUACAGGCAUGUUCUGCCAUACCUGGCUAAUGCCACCCUCCUCCCGCCCCAUGCUAACCAGGACCAGGCAAGCCCUCUAGCACUUACUCUCUGGCACCAAAAUUACUGUUUGUAGUGUGCAUGUGGUAGCUAGAUCUGGGGAUGGAGAACUGCUAUACCAUCACGAAGCUCUGACAGUUGGUGGGAUAAGUGUCCUAGCUGCUCUUGAGUGAACACUUGGCUGAGUACAGAUGCCGAUUUCCUUAUUGUGAUGGGGCCUUUGUGGAGUAUGUGCCUAACCAAAUGCUAAGACUACAGGGUCAACUAAUACAAAGAAAGAAGUGGUUUCAUUUGUUCGUUUUUUUAAGUUUUUAUAAGUGGGUGAGUUUUAACAAAUAACCAAUUGCAGUUGUGUUAGUUUAAGUCUGUAAAAUGUAUGAAUAGUGAAUAGCUUCAUCAAUAGCCAGAAAACAGCCUCUUUUGGCUUUCUUCAGUCACAUUCACAUCCUACUGGGAAGUGAGCUCCUGCGGGCCAUGUCUGUUUUCCAGGCUCACGUGUUGCUCUGUCAGACUUAGUUCCCGUGGCACUGUGAAAGAAGGCUUUAGGGUGUAAGAGUAUAAGAGGGGGCCACGUGACUACCUACUGCUGGGACAGCCACUGGAUGGCCAGUGUAUAUUCUCCCACCCCAUUAGAGUGGAAGUCUCCUGCUCUACCAAGAGAAAGACAGAGGUAGAGGAGGGAUGAUACUAUCUGAGACGCAGAGGUAAGAGGAACCAGGCUCCACAGGGCAGCCACGGAAUUACUGCCCUGCUGUUCUUGCUGGUAUCUUAGCAUACAGCCUUCCACAUAAGAAAAAACCAGUGUGCUUCAAGUAUUCAGUGAAAAAAGGAAGAGAAGGGGAAAAAAAAAUAUAGAUGUAGAAAAAAAUAUUAAGAUCACAAAGUGACUAGCUUCUCCAUAAAAACCUUUCUGGGUGCAAGGUAGGAUUAGGAACUCCUCCUUUAGAUGCUCCUGGCUUCAAACCACUUUACAUUAUGAGUCUAGCAUGAUAAAGUGUUUGAGACCAAGAACGUCUGUU